AGAUGAUCAAGGCAAAGACACCUUGCUGUCGUUCAUCGGCCCCACUGCCGGCCGAGACGCCAAGAAGGUAGCGGUCAGUCAAAAGAUGGACAUGUUGGUGUCUGUGGUCAUAAACGAUAACUUUGACGUACCCAUCAACAUCUCGAUGGAACUGGACGCUAUCGAAAUUAACGGCUGUGGUGGAACGACACUGACCCUGAAUGUGACAGAAGAGAGCCAAUAUCUGACCUCCCUGGGCUACCCACAGCUGUACAAGAGUGACGUAAUGUGUGUGUGGAAACUUCUAGCUCCAAAAGACAAACACAUCGUGAUUGAGGUCAUCGACCUAAACAUGGACACCGACCCAGGGAUCUCUGGGAACUGCCUGACCCUCAGUGACAAUGCAGACCCGUACAUCUUCCGCGGCGACUCUUCUCUGUGUGAGGACCACCCCAGCACCAGGUCCUGGACGUUCUGGGGUUCCUGGAUGACCUUAGCCUUCAAGACCAACACCUCUGGAUCAGGGGCAAGCUUCCGGGUCCGAAUGCAGGCUGUGGAGCCGGACUACCCCAGUAGGAUCUCUACCCGCACGCAAGCCAUCAUCGGUGGUUCAGUGGCCGGGGCCUUCCUGCUCUUCGCCAUUCUGGACGCCAUCUGUAGGUCUUCCAGGGUCAACAAAAAAGACGUGAUCGCAGAAACUGUUCCCGACACAAAUAUGUCUGGAAAGUACGACACGAGCGACCAGUUGUGAGAUUACAGGUGUUGAUGACGUCAUUCUGGACACUGCUGGUGGCCCAUCCGGCUCAGAGGUCCAUGUGGGUUUUUUAAAAUGAUUUUUGUAGUAAAGGUUUUAGUUUUACAGCACUUGUAACACAAUUAAGUUGGUAUAAAUGUUGAAGAUGAGAGGUGUUGCAAGAUAUUAACACGCAGAAAAGAAGGUGAGAUAAGGGCGAUAGUUGUUUGAUAGAACAUAAGGAUAAGAUAAGAUA